UAAAUCCUUGUCAAUCUCCUCGCUCUCGCCUCUCCUCCCCGACUCUCUCGCUCUGCCGACUAUAAUAAGCUCUGCCAGCCGAACCCGCUGAACAUUCCAUCCGCCAGUACUGGGGUAGUACAGAGUACCAGCCAGCAGCAAGAUCCAGGCACCGUCAUUCCUGCUGCUGCUGCGACGGCAGGCGGCCCCGACAGAUCUCCUGAGCCCCCUGCUGUCCCGGCAAUGGAGCUCUUCCAAGGGGAGGAGCCGGCCCAUGAUUUCCUCUCGCUCCGCGCCGGGGGCUCGUCAGCGUUCCAGCACGGGCAGCGCUCCGGCCAGCAAGGCCUGAAGUCGCUUGAACCAUCUAACGGCGCAGGGAAUGCCGGUGAUGGCGCGGCCAGUUCAGCGCCAGGUUUGGGGGAGCAUGUGCUGCCAGGCGGCGUCGGGACCUUCAGCAUCAGGCAAGUGCCUGACGCUCAGCGCAGGGUAGAGGCUGGCAUCGGCAGGGAACCGUCCGUUUCGGUGUCUCAUGGCUCGAGAAUGGAGAUUGCGCAUGAAGCACGGUCCGGAAUUAUGGUUCGUAGUGCUCCACCCACACCCACAAUGUGGCAAGAUUCUAGCACCGACAAUAAGAGAUCUAGAGGGUCGAGAGCAGAGGGGAGAAGCAGCGGCAGCAGUGCCGAUCAGGAUCCCAGUAGCCCGAGAUCGAAGCAUUCCGCUACUGAGCAGCGACGGAGGACCAAGAUAAAUGACAGGCUUGACAUACUCCGAGACCUCCUGCCGAACUGUGAUCAGAAGAGGGAUAAAGCUUCUUUCCUUCUCGAGGUUAUUGAAUACAUAAGGCUCUUGCAAGAGAAAUGCCAAAAAUAUGAGUCAGGCAUUCCUGAACAGAACAACGUCGAUGCCAACUGCAUGCCAUGGGACAAAGUGUACUACAGAUCACGUUGGAGGAACACACAGAACAUCAGUCAAGCCCAAGGAGGAGGCUUAUCAGCUACCACAGAGGACAUGAACAAAGAGCAAUACAGUUCCAAAGGCAUUGCAAGUGCACCUGCCGCUUCUCUCUUCAACACACAAAGCGCAAGAGAAAUCAGCACAGCCCCUGGUUCCUCCCAGAACAUAGCAGAGAACAGUAUGCCUACCAAUCAGCUACCGUGGCUAAGUAUGUCAACCAUGAACCAAAACUGUGAUGCAAGCAACGGACUGCUAAGCAAGCAUGAUACACAAAUGCCGCAAGAUGACAGCCAGAGUCUUUCUAGUGCUUACUCCCAAGGGUUGUUACAUAAACUGAAAGAAGCUCUACAGAAGUCGGGAGUAGACCCAUCUCAAACUAAAAUAUCCGUAGAGAUCAAUAUGGAUAGACGGGCCAGAGCCAAUGCUCAUAUACAUGACAGUUCAAAGGCUACCGAAGGCAAGGAACCUGUCCAUGUUGCCAAGAGGCUCCGGUGCGACUGAAGCUACAUCUCUGUCACACACUAGGCAAAUCAUUCAUCGCGAAGUUCAGACAGGGACUUUGCAGCAGGAAAACCACAACUGAUGCAAUUCUUUUAUUUAUAUUGCAGUUACAUUUUACUAACCUAAGCUUCAUUCAUAUACCAAGGAAAGCUGUUAUUGGGAGAGCAGCAGAAUUCUUCCGGAUUUUCUUAUUGCUGAUUUUGUAAAUGCAGUUCAGAUUCUUGUACAAUGUGUGUGUAUUUCUCCCUCAUUCAACUCAAUUUUUUCUUUUGUUAUUA